AUGGCUGGUCCUCAGAGCGGCUCAAACGUAACGCGCAAUUUCACAAAUCAGUUCGUGCAGCCUCCGUGGCGCGUCGCGAUCUGGUCGGUCGCGUACAGCUCCGUUCUGGCGGUCGCCGUGUUCGGAAACCUCAUCGUUAUUUGGAUCAUUUUGGCCCAUAAACGGAUGCGCACCGUGACCAACUAUUUCUUGCUCAACCUGGCGUUCUCCGACGCCUCGAUGGCCGCCUUCAACACGCUCAUCAACUUCAUUUACGCCACGCACGGAGAGUGGUACUUUGGAGAGGUUUACUGCAAGUUCCACAACUUCUUUCCCGUGACCGCCGUGUUUGCCAGCAUUUACUCCAUGACUGCGAUUGCAGUCGACAGGUACAUGGCUAUCAUUCACCCUCUGAAGCCCCGUCUGUCAGCUACUGCUACUAAAGUGGUGAUUGUCUGUAUUUGGGCCCUGGCGGUGAUUUUGGCCUUCCCGCUGUGUUUCUACUCAACCACGAGAACUAUGCCUCGCAGAACCAUCUGCUACGUCGCCUGGCCGAGACCUUCUGAGGAUUCGUUCAUGUAUCACAUCAUCGUAACGGUGCUGGUGUACAUGCUGCCCCUAGUGGUCAUGGGUAUCACCUACACUAUAGUCGGGGUGACACUUUGGGGAGGAGAGAUUCCUGGAGACUCAUCUGACAAUUAUGUUGGACAACUGCGAGCCAAAAGGAAGGUGGUGAAGAUGAUGAUCGUGGUGGUGGUGACCUUUGCCCUCUGCUGGUUGCCCUAUCACGUCUAUUUCAUCGUGACGGGAGUAAACAAGCGUCUGAACAAGUGGAAGUCCAUCCAGCAGGUGUAUCUGUCUGUGCUGUGGUUGGCCAUGAGCUCCACCAUGUACAACCCCAUCAUUUACUGCUGUCUGAAUGGCAGAUUUAGGGCAGGUUUCAAACGGGCCUUCAGGUGGUGUCCCUUCAUCCAGGUAUCCAGCUACGAUGAACUGGAGCUCCGUCCCACCCGUCUCCACCCACGCAACCAGAGCAGCAUGUGCACCCUGUCCCGCAUCGACACCAGCGUCCACGAUGAUGACCCGCGACGCAGCGACCGCAAGAGCACCAGGUCCCUGCAGUGUCAGGUGGAGGUCAGAGACCAAAGCAGUGCAGCGACUAAACUCUGUCUUCACAGAGAGCCCACAUUCCCAACCGAGCAGCUCAGCUGAAGGGCCAGACCAGACGUGCAUCGGAUUGUGGUUCUGUUAGAGGUGCUCCAUUACAUUCCUAAAAAAAAUUUAAUACAUCCACAGGUUUUGUAUAAACAAGAUACUGUCAAUUUCAGAGCAUGCAUUGAGACUAAAUGCAUUCAAACCUGCAGCAUGAUAAAGUAAUACUGCCUCCAAGUGGAGAACUGUGAAUGUUGUCAGUGUGGUCUAGCAUGCUACUCAGUGUGUUCUUUCUUCUUGAAAUACAACACAGCAUAGUACAUAUUAUAAAAUGUUAUUUAAAACAUGAAAACACGGUAAGCUACACUACAGAUUCAUCACUUCAUCGUGUUGUUUGAUUAUCUAGGAAAUACAAAUUUGUUUCAGUUGUAUUACUUUUUUUUUUUUUUUUGCUAAAGUCUGUCAGAUAAUCCUAAAAUGAUCUUAAAAAAUCAUGCUUGCAUUUUGACAACUAUUUUAUUUGUAUUACAAUCACAUGUGCAUUCUGUGCAUUUUGAACAUAGCCAGCACUUCUCCUUAUGAAUGAAAGUUUGAACUUUUGUAAUUGAGACUUCAAAUGUUGAACUGAAUGUAACUUUUACUGUAAUAACACAAUCAUAUAGCCAGAUUUUAAUGAAUCAGUGUCAUGUAAAACCUUUCUGGUGCACAAAGCUCUGGCUGUUUGAUCUAAUGAAUGUAUAUAAAAGACUACAAUAACUUAACUAUACAGUUUAUAUUUGAGUCUUCUUGUUCAUGUUUGAUAUAUGACAGUUUGUGCUGUAUUUAUGAUGUGCUGUAAAUGUUAACACCACGAUAAUGUGCUUGGUUUUUAUUGUACAUAAUGUGCAAAGUGGACCUUUUAUUACCUAAAAUCACAAAGGUAUAGUCUACAGUGGAUGUGGUAAAAUGCUUUUUACGUUUAAAUGCACUGAUGCUGUUUUUUUCCAGCUUUUUAGCCUGCUUUGAUCUAAACUAAAGAUAUUUGUGAAAAACAAGUCAUGUUGGUAUGGCCACAUCGUUCUGAUGUUGAGCAUGAACAUAGAUUUAUUAAAGUGAACGUCAAA